CCAAGCUCGGCUAUUAAGCCACCAAACUCGGCUAUUAAGCCACCAAACUCGGCUAUUAAGCCACCAAACUCGGCUAAUAAGCCACCAAGCUCGGCUGUCAAGCCACCAAACUCGGAUGAUAGACCACCAAUCUUGACUGAUAAGCUACUCAAUCCAGGCUCCGAGUCUCCAAGAACUGAAACUGCUUCAACAAACGGCGAAAAUACGCUAAUAGAUGAUGAAAUGUAUGACCCUGGGGCCACACCAUCCUACUGGGAACCAACCAAGGGGCUAUCAACCUUCCUAGAUAUGCACUUUAGGAAGAAAUUAAGCCAUGACCRGGUGUCAGACAUUCUUGAAAAUUUCAGUGUUCCCUCACUUGAUUGCCUAAGGGCACCCACUCUAGAUACCUCAGUUGUAAAUCCAAUAAACAAUCCACAAAUAAAAAGAUUUGUCCAGAAUCGUGAUAAAGACCUAUGUUUGGCUCAAAAAGCUUUGCUAAACACCACAGGUCCACUUUGUUGCUUACACGAUGCCCUAUCAACGGGGAAAGAAGUGUCACCUAAUCAGGUUAAGAACAUUUUAGAACAAGCCUUACGCUUACUAGGCUCUUCAAAUUAUCUCCUUUCAACUGUUCGCAGGAAAAGGGUCCUAGCGACUAUUAGCAACAAAAAAUAAAUAAAUAAUUAAAAAAAAAAAAAAAAAUUAAUUAACCUGGCAGAUGAACCUUUGCCUAAUGCCAAAACUAUGUUUUUCGGUGAAGAUUUUCCCACCUUAGCCUCUAAACAGGCAGAACUUAGUAGGGGUCUAGCCAAAAAUCUCUCAGUCCCCACUAAAAACCAACAAGCAAAUCGUAAACCAAAUUACAUUCAAAGGUCCAAGCAGUCCAACCAGUCGCGCRGUUUUUCCAAAUACCAAAGUAACCGCUCAAACAACUACCGGUCCUUUCGCCCCUCAAAGGGGACAAAUCGGGAAUCAACAGAUUCCUAAACAAAUGGAGGGAAAUAACCUCAGACCAAGAAAUCCUAGACAUUGUU